AAACAAAAUUGUGUGAGAAACGGCAUCGUUUGCGUUUUGGCGGUAACAUCAACUGUAUACGUGGGAGAUAAAGCCACAUCAGCAGCUCAGUUACCGUUGAGGCUGGUCGUUUGUGUUUGUUUGACAAAGUUUGAAGGUUAGUUAGAUCUUUUGUUACCUAAACAAAGUUUGAAGGUUCAUCAAUAAUCAUUAUAGUAGAAAUAAUUUCAGACAAGCUGGUGAAACAUAGUAUAAGUUUAGGCAAGAGAGGCUUUGACUUUGCAUGCCAUAAUGAGUUUUUAUUAACGGAGUCAAAAAGUUUUAAAAAAUAGUGAUCCCUCUCAGGCUACACAUGUCACAUGGCUUUUGAGUUUCUUUCGCAUGUCACAUGGCUUUGAAGUUUUCACUAACAGAGACUUGGACUCUGUAAUCAUACAAGUUUAUUUUGUACAACUUUGGUUCUAAAGUUGUAUACUUUUAUAGAUGCUGAGGUAUUUGUAUUGAACUCACUACCUCACAUCACCUCUGAGUUUUUUUUUUUUUUUUUGUAGCAAAUUUGCAAUGAAAGGCAAGGUGUUCUUGGGUCAAUACUUGAUAUGGGUGAUAGUACUGUUGGGGCAGCUUCACGGAUAUAAAAGCUGUAUUCAGAAAGAAAGGAAGGCUUUUCUGGAGCUGAAGCAAUACCUCAUCUCCAUUUCUGAAGAAGGACAAUCUGAUUAUGUUCUCACUACUUGGACUAAUGACACAAAGAGCCAAUGCUGCUGGUGGGAGGGCGUCAAGUGCAGUCGUACAAGCGGACGGGUGACCAAGAUUGCUUUUGGUGAUUUAUUCCUCAAAGAGAGUUCUUUCUUUAAUCUUUCGUUGCUGCAUCCUUUUGAAGAGGUUCAAAGUCUAGACUUAUCCGAGUGCGCUUUCAGUGCCUUGUUUGAUGAUAUAGAAGGUUAUAAAAGCUUAAGUAGAUUGAGAAAACUGGAGAUUCUGGAUCUCUCUUCAAAUGAAUUCAACAACAGCAUCUUUCCCUUUCUUAACGCUGCUACGUCACUUAAAACUCUGUUUCUUGGGUUCAACAAGAUGGAUGGCCCUUUUCCUGUUAAAGAACUAAGAAACUUGACAAAAUUGGAACUGCUGGAUCUGAGUGGAAAUGGAUAUAACAACUCCAUGCCAGAGUUUACUCACCUGAAAAUGUUGAAAGCUUUGGAUCUAAGUGCCAACUAUUUUUCUAGCUCAAUGGAAUUGCAAGGCAAGUUUUGUCUUUCUAUGAAUUAUGUUUCUGCAGUUUUCUGUGGAAUGAAGAAUCUGCAGGAGCUGUAUCUCAGUGGAAAUUAUUUUUCCGGCCGGCUUCCUCUGUGUUUAGGUGGCUUGAACAAUCUACGUGUUCUUGACCUUUCACUAAACCAAUUAAGUGGAAAUCUACCAUCAAGUUUCAGUAGACUCGAGUCCCUCGAAUCUCUGUCAUUAUCAGAUAACAACUUCACAGGCUUAUUCUCACUCAAUCUACUCGCCAACCUCACAAGGCUCAAGGUGUUCAAACUUUCAUCAACAUCCGAUAUGUUACUAGUAGAUACAGAAACUACUUGGCUGCCAAAGUUUCAACUAAGUAUUGCUUCUCUACCGUCCUGCGGAUUGGAGAAGAUCCCAAACUUUCUUAUGUACCAGAAGAAGUUGCAUCUACUUGAUCUAUCCAGCAACAGAAUAUCCGGAACCAUUCCUUCCUGGCUCUUGGCGAAUAAUCAAGAACUUGAAGUUCUACAGUUGCAGAAUAACUCAUUCACUGUCUUCCAGAUUCCUACAACAGUCCAUAGCUUGCAGUUCUUGGAUCUUUCAGCUAACAAUAUCAACGGAGUGCUCCCUGAUGAUAUUGGACAUGUGCUCCCAAAUCUGAAACAUAUGAAUGGCUCUCAUAAUGGUUUCCAAGGUAACUUUCCAUCGUCUAUAGGUGAGAUGAAGAACAUAUCGUUCCUGGACCUGUCUCAUAACAAUCUCUCUGGAGAGCUACCUAGAAGCUUAUUCACAGGAUGCUAUUCAUUACAAAUCCUGCACCUCUCUCACAACCAGUUAGGUGGUGAUGUUCUUCCAAGACAGACUAACCUAACAUCAUUAGUCGUGUUAAGGAUGGAUAACAACUUAUUCACAGGGGAGAUCGGAGACGGUUUGCUUACCUUGGUUAACUUGUCAGUACUUGACAUGUCAAACAAUCUUCUCAGAGGUGCUGUUCCAAGUUUGAUACCAAACUCAUCUGAUAUGUUUAUGUUGUUGUUAUCAAACAACAUCUUAGAAGGUACGUUACCGUCUUCUCUGCUGGCUAAUCAACAUCUCAACUUUCUUGACCUCUCCGGGAACUUAUUAUCCGGAGCCUUGCCGUCAUAUGAUAGUUCUACCUACGGGAUAAAGUUGUUCCUACAUAACAACAGCUUCACAGGGGAGAUACCAAGAACAUUGUUGGAAAAUGCUGAGAUACUUGAUCUGCGGAACAAUAAACUCUCUGGGAGUAUCCCAAAGUUUGUCAACACCAUGGACAUGAGAAUAUUUUUGUUGAAGGGUAAUAAGUUAACAGGUUCUAUCCCAAGGGAACUGUGUGGUCUGAAAAACAUUGGACUUCUUGAUCUUUCGAACAACAAGCUUAGUGGAAACAUACCUUCUUGCCUCUAUAAUCUAUCAUUUGGAUCAGGAGAGUACGAGCAGGUGAGGAAUGGAGCCUCUGAGGCAUAUGGCUUUGUACCGAGCCUUCAGUUUGAACUUUACCGAACCACAUUUUUGGUAGAUGAGUUCAAGAUAGACUAUGAAACAUACAUGAGUUUUGAAAUCCAGUUUGCAGCAAAGCAAAGGUAUGAUUCCUACACUGAAGAAUCUGAGUUCAGCAGAGGAACAGUUGAUUUUAUGUAUGGUUUGGAUCUGUCUAGCAAUAAGUUAAGUGGUGUUAUCCCAUCAGAGCUUGGAGAACUCUCGAAACUACGAGCCAUGAAUCUAUCUCGCAAUUUCUUGUCGAGUUCUAUACCAGAUAGCUUCUCAAAGCUGAAGGACAUUGAGAGCCUUGAUCUUUCUUUUAACAUGUUACAUGGAAACAUCCCUAGUCAGUUAACAAAUCUUACUUCUCUUGCUGUCUUCAACGUCUCCUACAACAAUUUAUCAGGUAUCAUUCCCCAAGGGAGGCAAUUCGACACAUUCAACGAGAAAAGCUACAUAGGCAAUCCUCUUCUCUGUGGAAAACCAACCAACAUGAUCUGUGAGAGAAACAACUUUCAAGAACCAGAUAAUGAAAUGGAAGUAGAGGAGGAGUCCACGAUCGACAUGGUAUCUUUCUACUGGAGUUUUGCUGCAGCUUAUGUGACAAUACUUAUUGGAAUAUCCUCAUCUCUCUCUUUUGAUUCUCCUUGGAGUAGAUUUUGGUUCUACAUCAUUGAUGCUUUCAUCCACAAGGCGAGGAAUUUUCUAUGGUAAAAUUAGUGCUGGCCGUUCAAA